UGAUAAAGUGAGUCUAUAAUUUCCAUCUUUAAGCCACUGUGGCCGCCUUCAUUUGUGUACCAUGCAUCCAGUUAUCUGAUAGUGAGCAAACACCUAAAGCUCAAAGGUACUUAUCAACAACUCCCCCCCCCUUUCUGCACGAGCACCCUUUGUAAUCUUGCCUUUUAUGGAAGAUCACAUUUCCAUAAAACAAGAACAUGCUAUUCAUGUCUAAGGUCCUUGCACAGUCACGUCAUGUUAUGCAAAUUAAGUUCUCAAGCAAAAGCAGAAGUGGUAAUUUGAAGGCUGUGAGAUGGACUGUGAGAGAACAGAGGAAACAACCACUUCUCCUAUUGCGAUGUCCAGAGUUUUAAUUAAAGCAACACUUGAUCGUCAACAAGUCAGAGAGGACUCAACAGAACGACUGUAGCGAUGGCGGAGGGAGAGAAGGAGGUGAACUACGCUUCGGUUGUGUUUAAAGUCAGCAACAAUCCUCCACCUGCGGCAAACAGAGGGGAGGAAACUGUGUACGGAGAGGUGAAGGUGCAAAAUGAAACGAGGAUCAAGAACUCAGCAGGACAUUGGCGCUGUAAUCACUUGGCUUGUUGUCUGGGGAUUCUCUGUGUCCUUUUGCUGGGUGGCAUCAUCGCCGUCUGCGUCUACCUUCCUACAUUAAACCAUAAGAGCGAUUCAGACCAGUUCAAAGAUAACUCCACCCUACUGACAAACGACAUCAAGAUCCUCAAAUUAGAAAAUGCAAACUUGACGAAGGACAUCAACAAUCUGACGCUCCAGCUGGGCAACCUGACAGAAGCCUAUAAUGUCUCAGAAAGUAAGGUCCAGAACCUGACAACAAGUAACCAGGAGCUGGAGACACUGAAGAAGAACUUGGAACAGCAAAUACAAGACAUGGAGACAAACUGGAAUAACCUCAACCUCAGUCGAGCUCAGUGGAGCAUCAAUGCCUACUGCAAACAACCUGACAAGGAUAAGUGUCAACCUUGUCAGACAGGCUGGAUACUCACUGAGUCCAGCUGCUAUGCGUAUAAUAACCCUGAUCUUUCUAAAUGGAAAACCUGGGAUGCAGCUCAGUCAGACUGCAGAAAGAGUUCAGAUCUGGCUGUGGCACAUACUGCUGCUGAAAAGGAAGCUAUCAAGAAAAACAGCAUAGGAACUAAAGGAUACUGGAUUGGUCUGAGAGUUGUAAAAGGGAGAUGGCAGUGGGUGGAUGGAAGUGCUCUGACUGAUAGCUCCUGGAUAGCAGCUCCUGCUGACGGUCAGUGUGCAGUGUCUGUAGGAAACACAGGAUGGUCAUCAGUGAGCUGUGAUACAAAACAGCAAUGGCUCUGCCAGAAGAAGGCUCUAUCUGUUUGAACAGAGCAGUCAUACUUGAGAAGGUUCCUGGAGACUCUUUAAAACAGAUGAAUUACAUGUGGGAUUAUACCAACAGGCCUAUACAUGUCAGAUUAUAUUGAAUCCUACUUCAAAAUAAAACAAAUCCCAAACAUUUACAGAUAUUGUACCUUGUCAAACAAAACAGUAAGAAAUAAAACAGUAAUUUUAUAAACGUUUCAUAAAUGAAUACAAACAAUACGACACAGAAGCUAACUAAUAUAUAAUGUGGAUAUUUUAGAUCCAGAACCCUUUAGUCUCACUUCAUUUCUAUAGGGCUUGCAAAGUGAUGUAUUCCCUUAUCAUUGUGAUGGUGUUGUUAACAGUCUGGAGGUUAAAAUAGUUCUUAUGAUCUGUGUUAUUAGAGAUGCAAUGCUUAACCUCUGCAGAUUAGUGUAAGGACUAUGGAGCAUGUGACUGUAUUGCUUCUAAUGUCCAACAGAGGACGCUGCAUCACGUGUUCUCAAUACAACGCUCCAGAGUCUGCUUCAAUAAUCACUGUGAUUUUGUGGAAGUCCCCCGAACUGUCUUUGUGCAUACACUUUAUAGGAGAAAUGUGUGUGUGUGUCAAAAUGCGAUGUUCUAUGAGAAUGUGGACCCAAAUAAGGUGAGAUAUGGUCUUUUUCUUACUCAUCCCUGGAGGUCUUCUGACAUAGUCGAGAGGUUUGUUCUACAACCUCCUGUUGUACCACAUCACUCUCUGCACUCUCUAUGACCUCAGAGAGUAACUAACUGUAUAUGAACAGAUUCAACACACCACAAAACCAAACAGGAACCAAUAGUAGUUAGAAAUUGAUUCAA